AGCAAUUUAUUCUUUAGUAUAAAAUAUAUAAACGCAUAUACACACAUUAGCGUGUUUUCUGCUCUAUAUCAAUAUGCCACCAAAGACUCGCCGAGAAAGAAAGGCAGAAGUUGCAGUGUCGACAACUGGAGGAUCAACCCGUGCCACACAAUCUGGUCCCGUAUCUUCCAGUACAGUACCUGCGCAACAAGCGCCUCCCGUCACUUUAGAUUAUAAAAAGCUGAAUCCCAAGACGACACAUUAUGAAUUCGGUGGACCAAUUGGCGCAUUCCUUAUGAUUACUAUUUUGCCAUGUGUUGUUAUUCUGUUUGCAUUCGGUUGUGACAACAUUGGCUAUACACCAUUUCAUCGUCUCUGGGCUAUAGCGAGUGAUCUUAUUGCUGGAAGAUUUGAAUGGGAGUUCUUAUGGUCAUUAGUUACCAGCUGGAAGGCCGUGGCUUUAUUAUGGUACGCCGGUUUUGUUGCUCAACUUGCUACGUUUUCUAUUGCCAUGCCAGGCGACACUGUUGAAGGAACCCGUCUUCGAGAUGGUACCCGUUUGUCUUACAAAGUCAAUGCUUUGUCAGCAGUUCAGACCAUGACAACCAUGACACUGAUGUCUGUGCGCGGACAGGGACUCAAACUACCUCUUUGGGUCCACGCUAAUUUUGCUCACAUUGCUGUGGCUUCGGUGAUAUUUUCAUUCAUUGUAUCUAUUGGUGUUUACGUAUACAGCUUCUUUGGAAAGCGUCUCCUGUCUCUAGGUGGAAAUACCGGAAACCAUAUAUACGAUUUUAUGAUUGGCCGUGAGCUUAAUCCACGCAUUGGAAACUUCGAUCUCAAGUUCUUUACCGAAUUGAGACCAGGAUUAGUUGGCUGGGUAGUUUUGAAUAUUUGUAUGGCACUUAAGCAAUAUGUUGACCUUGGCCGCGUCACAAACAGCAUGAUUCUUGUCGUUUUAUUCCAAGCCUGGUACGUCUUUGACGCUCUAUGGAAUGAGACCUCUGUAUUGACUACUAUGGAUAUUACAAGUGACGGUUUUGGGUUCAUGCUGGCCUUUGGAAACUUUUGCUGGGUUCCAAUGAUGUACUGCUUGCAAGCUCGUUAUCUCGCAGACUUUCCUCAUGAUCUCAACAUCUGGCAUGUAUGCGCUGUUAUUAUCCUACAGUGCGUUGGUUACCGUAUUUUCCGCGGGGCAAACUCCCAAAAGAAUACCUUUAGAAACAACCCUGAAAACCCUAGUGUGAAAGAUCUUACUUAUAUUCAAACCAAGUCAGGAACCCGCCUAAUUACUUCUGGGUGGUGGGGAAUGUCUAGACAUAUCAAUUACUUUGGUGAUUGGUUGAUGGCUUUGUCUUGGUGUCUCGCCUGUGGAUUUGACUCUAUAAUCCCUUACUUUUACAGCAUAUACUUCCUAAUCCUUUUAGUUCAUCGUCAACGACGUGAUGAUUCAAAGUGUAAAGAAAAAUACGGAGAAGACUGGGACAAGUAUUGCGAGAUAGUAAAAUAUAGAAUUGUUCCCGGAGUUUACUAGUUGCUGAAUUGACCUCAUCAUUUUGUAUUUAUUCAUUAUUAUUAAUUUUUUUUUUAAAAAAAAGGCAUUUUUAUUUACAGUGUUAAAAAUAAAUCAACACCAAAAGAUUUUUGGCAUUUGAAUGACAAUCUCUUU